AUGCCAGGAACAUCCACUAGGAAACCCUGUACUUACACUGGAGAGUCUCUAUGUGCCCCUGCUGAAGUUCUUCCAAGUACAAGUACAUGCACACAGGCAGAAGUGGUAGACACAUUUUUCAGUGAAGUUGAGCUCUAUUUCCAGGACCUGACCCACACAAAAGGGAUAACACUUUUUCCUGGAAAUGAAAGGAUUCUGGUCAUUAAAGACUACAAUGUUUCCAGAAAGAAAACACAUAAUGACAAGUAUGUGCUUUUGGAAAGGAGGAGUUUCACAUUUAAAGAUGGAGACUGUAGGUGGAUAUAUUGGUGCCAGUGUAAUGAAAACAGAGCAAGAGCAAUUUCAACCCUUGACCACCAUCUGAAAAGGGCAUAUACUGAAUUUUCUAGUCUGGACAGUGAAUGCAUCCAUAUAGAGGUUGCAAAGAAGAUUUUGGAGAAAUAUGACUUUGUUCAUGAUAUUGCACCUCCUUCAGAAGGAGAUACUGGUACAUGUGAUGAGCAUGGAUACUCCUUAAGAGGAAAUAUCCUGUACGAGGUUCCGGAGGCACAGCUCAUUUGUUGUUGUGGAGUGAACUGUAACAAGUUUGCCCUUGUAGCAUUUGAGAAAAAGACUCUUUCAUGUUUAUCUUGUACCAACAAAAGAUGCUUGCAUGUAACCACCGUCAGAGAUCUUAUGGCCAAUAAGGAAGACAGCUUAUACUUUGACCUUCUUGAAAGAUUUAGCACAGUCUCCUCUGAAAAUGAUAAUCCCAAGAAUAUAUAUAAACAGAAGCUAAUAUCCAAGAGAAAAAUUCCAUUCUUCAGAUCAGCUGAACUGUCAAACAUACUUGGAAAUUUAAAGUCCAAUGAUAUUGGACCUCUGUUGCCGGAGGAAAUGGUUUGUAGCCACUGUCUUGGGGAUUUAGUGGUUGGGGAUCCCAUUGAAAACAACUGGAUUGCAUACGACUGUGCCUUGGUUGUCACUAAUACAACUGUACAGUAUGUAAAGUCGUAUUAUAGACCAUGCACAGUUUGUGACUCUGUAGCCUUAUUUGAGGGGCAGUGUAAGGGUUUGCUAAACUUGGGGACAUAUCUUGUUGGAUAUGAUGUACUGCGCUCUUACAUGCACAGUUUUCUACACGGAAAGAGACCAUUGUACACCUUUUACCAAACUUGGUGUGAUGUCCAUCUUGACUAUGGCAACACUCAGAUUGAAGACUUCUCAUAUCAAAGACUCCGCAAUGCAUGGCACUGCUUUCUGUCAUUGUUGGACAUUGAUUUUAGUCUGGGAUUUUCCUGCCCACAUUGCGGAGGUGAUGAAGUUCCACCUGACACCAUUGUUUGUGAUGGCACAUCCCUCUCUUUCCAGAGGCGUAUGUGGGACUGGAAGGAAAAAGAAAGCAGUAAUAAUGUUCUGCACCUGUCUUGUUCGAAGCAUUUUAGUAGAACAUUCAUCCCUGAUGGGGACGUUCGAAAGCUUCUAAAGCGAUACUCAGCAGAUGGAACGGUUAUUAGAGGGGUGAAACACCAACCAUUAAAUGAGAAAGAGAGGAAAUAUCUUCUAACCAGCAUUGAAGAAAUAUCUCCUGCGCUGUAUUCUGUUCUUCUGAAGAUAGAAGAAAAUAAAUCUCUUCUGAAGCAUUUACAGAAACUUCUCCUGUGCUUGGCUUCCCCAUCACCUGUGUGCUCUCUUAUUAAACCGACACUAGAAGUCAAGCAGGUGAUAUCCAGCAUUUCCCGUGGAGAAAAUCUCAGACAAGAUCCUGUAAAGUUGGAUUUACUCCACAGAAAAGUUCCAAUAUUAUUUGAAAUAUUUGAGUGUGGUGCUGACAUGACUGACCUUAAGCUUUUACUGGAAGAACUAUGGGAGAUUGCCAUAGACCCAUUUGUGGAUGCCGUGGAGGACGAUUCCAUUGAAGAGUCUGUAGAUGUUGAAGAAAUGAGUUUUUUUCCCUCUUUAGUGAAAUACAGAAACAGGGGUCUCUUUGAAAUGGACAGAAAAAGUGGUCAAACUAUGAAGAAGAAGAAUGUAGGUGAUGGUUGUGUGAAGAAAUCUUUAGGUCACCCAAGCUUGCUACCAGGAAUUUUCACCAUAUUUUGCCCACAUGGUGUUUGCUAUGGUUUCCAAGUCAUGGAAUCCAAUGAGUCCCCUAAUGUGCCAUUCACGAUUUUACGAACAAGAUUUAGAAAAGCACCCAAGCACAUCAUAUAUGAUAAUGCUUGUAAACUACAGCAGUACUGUCUGAGCAGGGACCCUUUGUUUUUCCAGACAUCAGAAUUUUAUGUUGAUAGACUGCACUGGGAUAAUCAUACUGCUUGUAGCCUUGCCUAUGAUCUAUCCUUAUACCCACAGUUCUGUGCCAUAAACAGCCAGUGUAAUGAGCAGGCAAAUGCGGGACUAAAAAGGAUAAAGGAUCAACUCUCAUAUAUGACAGCGAAUAAUUUCAUGAUGCACUGCACAUUGUUUCUUUGGAACAAGAAUUUGUUAAAACUGGCAUCCGUUUAAAACAGUUCAAUUUCACAUUCCAGUGCAAAGAGAUGCAGCUGAACU